AUGUCUGACGCCGCUUACCCCCCUGGAGGCACUAUUGUGCAGUCGCUCAAGCGAUCUUUCGUCGACGUUCCCGUCGAUGAGGCCAACGGCAAGGCUGUCUCUACCACUGAGUUCCUCGAGGCUUCCGAGUCCCUGACCACCAUCUUCGAUGCCAUUGGUGGUGUUGCUUUCGGUCCUGUCAAGAAGGAUAUCCUUGGCAACGUCGAGAAGCUCCGUGCCCGCCAAGCUGCCGCUCCUGCUGAGUCCGGUACCGUCCAGGACCUCGUCCGCAAUGAGCUCAAGUCCGGCAAGCACACUGCCACUGAGGGCUGCCUUUGGCUCGUCCGGGGUCUUGACUUCACCUGCCAGGGCCUUGAGCUCAACGUCGCCAACUCCUCCCAGGAGCUUGCUGACUCUUUCCGCACUGCCUACGGCAACACUCUGAAGCCUCACCACAGCUUCAUGGUCAAGCCUAUCUUCAGCGCCGCCAUGUCCGCUGUUCCCUACCGAAAGGACUUCUACGCUAAGCUUGGCGAGAACCCCGAGCAGGUCGAGGCUGAGCUCAAGACUUAUCUUGCUUCCUUCACCAAGAUUGUUACCAUCCUCAAAGAGUUCAUCAACAGCCCUGAGGCUAAGUGGUAA